GGGAGCGCCGCGGGCAGACGGGCUGGGCAGGCAGGCAGAAGCCCGCGGCAGAGCCCCCCGAGGCAGCAGCCUGCUGUGUGCCCCACGGUCAUGCUGCUGCUGCUGCACCUGCUGCCUGCCAUGCUGCCCACCGCCGCCCUGGCCAGCUGCACCGCGGCGGGUGCCGACCGCCAGCUCAUCCUGGCCAAGGUGCGGGCUCGGGUGCUGGAACACCUGAGUCCCCCUCUGCUCCAGGAGGUGCCACAGAUGGAAGCAAGGAGGGUGCACCGGAGAGACGUCCUUGAAAGCACCGAAGUGGAGCCAGAGGAGCUGGAGGACACCUCCCAGGUGAUCUUAUUCCCUGCCACAGAUGUUCCCUGUGAGCCCACACAGCCAGACAAGCUGCUGGAGGAAGAAGGGAUUUUCACCUACCUCUUCCAGCCCUCGGCACACACCCUAAGCCGUGUGGUGACUUCUGCCCAGCUCUGGUUUUACACGGGCCCCUUGGCUGCCCCCAACCACUCCACCCCUGACGUGCUGACCCUGUCACCUCAGGGCCGGGUGCCGGUGACAGCCAUGGUGGAGCAAACACCCGAGCACUGGACUGUGUUUCACUUGGCCCCGGUGCUGCUGCCCCAGCUCUGGCAGCCGCUCUUUGUGCUCCUGGUGCGCUGCCCUGGCUGCCCCUGCCUGGCCGAGGGGGACAAGAUGCCCUUCCUGGUGGCCACCACCAGGGCCAAGGGCAGUGAGAGGGUUCGUCGCUCUGCCAUGCCCUGGUCCCCAGCUGCCCUGAGCCUGCUGCAGCAUCCAUCCGAGGAGCUAGCUGCCCACACCAACUGCCGCCGGGCUUCCCUCAACAUCUCCUUCGAGGAGCUGGGCUGGGACAAGUGGAUCGUGCAUCCCAGCAGCUUUGUUUUCCACUACUGCCACGGGAGCUGCGCCGCAGGCCACGGGCUGAGCCACCGGCUGGGCGUGCAGCUCUGCUGCGCUGCCCUGCCCGGCACCAUGCGCUCCCUGCGUGUCCGCACCACCUCCGAUGGUGGCUACUCCUUCAAGUACGAGACGGUGCCCAACAUCCUGGCCGAGGACUGCACCUGUGUCUAGGGCAUCCUGCAGCCCAGCCCCGGACUGUGAUCCCACCCAGGAGGAGUUGCUUUCCCAGUGGAACCCUGGCCACUGGGAUGGGGCAGUUUGGCUGUACCACCCUCCCUUGCACAAGCCAGAUUUUUGGGCUGGCCCAGGUACCAUCACACUGCCAGAUUUGCCCUAGGGCCAGUCCCAGCUCAGAGGAAAUCAGGCCAUGGCGGGGCAUAGAUAGGCACAGCCUAUGGCAAAGGCAUCACUGCCCUGCCAAAGCCAGGCUGCUGUCUGCAACUGGAUUAGCCCUCAUCUCUCCCCACCUGCUUCCCUCCUGCAGUUCUGCGCCCCACCCCGACAAAGAUUGGUGUCUUCCUCCUGCUUCUGAGUUCCACAGCUUCCCCUGUGCUCCAGGCAGGGCCAGGCUGCUGCAGCAGGAUCAGGAUGUGUCGGGGGAGCCCAUGAACCUCACACUGGUGGCAGGGCUGGUAGCACACAUGGCACCACAAGUGAGCCCUCUCCCAGCAGCACAGCUUCUUGGAAAGCUUAAUGGGAUGAGUGAAAUAAACCUGUUCCUUUUACUAAA